AUGACGCUCUGCAAAUUCUUUCAGCAGGGCAAUUGCAGGAAUGGAAACUCGUGCAGAUUCGAACAUCCUACCGGCGGCGGCGCGCAAUCCUCGAACCGUUUUGGCGCACUGGGCGGCGGCAGUGGCUCCCAAUUUCAGCGUGUCCUGGAUAAAUACUCGAUCAAGCUCGACGCCAUAGAGGCUGAUCUUACCACCGAAACCCCGACAUGGAUCCUCUCUGCCUAUGCUCCGGGCCGCGAUGCCCCCGACCAGCUCUUCGGCGGCGCCAUGCGUGAGCAGAGUUUUGAGGAAAUGCGGCUGCACCACAUGAAUGGCAGAGCAACUGGCAACGAGCAAAGAGCGCUUGCCGAAGCGCAGGAGCUGUACCAGAACGCGCAGGCGCAGAUGCAGACAGCCGUACGAAACGUCAACGAAGCCGCACAGUACAUUGUAGAUGGCGAAAAUAGACACCCAAAUCGUCUCGACGUCUGCCAGCAGGGCACUCAAGGAGCGCCUUUCGGCGAGUUCCUCGUCGGCAAGCGACCCAAGUCGAUAGCGCCGGGACAGCCCGCGUCUGGGAAUCCCUUCGCCACCAACGGUAACACCGCUGCUACUCCCGCCAACCCAUUCUCUUCUCCUAGCAGCAACACGACUAACGCGCCGUCUCCUUUCGGGAGCGGCGGUGCGAGCGCGGCGCCGACGACGAGCGCCUUUGGACAGCCGUCUGCGCUGGGCCAAAAGCCCAAUCCAUUUGGCGUGCCCGCCUUCGGACAGCCGGCCCAGCCUGCCGCGGGCUUCGGACAGCCGUCGCAGCCGUCAGCUUUUGGGCAGCCAUCGCAGCCUUCUGCGUUUGGUCAAGCUGCGCAGAAACCGAGCGCUUUUGGCCAACCGCCGCAACCCUCGGCCUUUGGCCAGCCAUCGCAACCCACGACAUCGGCCUUUGGACAGCCCUCGCAACCCACGACAUCGGCCUUUGGACAGCCCUCGGCGCUGGGCGCGAAGCCCAGUCCGUUUGGUGCCCCCGCCUUUGGUCAAUCUGCGCAGCCCAGCACCGGCGGCGCCCCCCAGACGUCUGCGUUCGGUCAGCCCAGUCAGCUAGGCCAGAAACCAAAUCCCUUCGGAGGAAACGCCAACACAGGACCAAGUGCUUUCGCCACGGCUGCUAACAACACCAGCAGCUCGGUAAAUCCUUUUGCAGGAAACAGCAAUGCAGGUCCAAGUCCCUUUGCCGCAGCAUCGAGUAAUAACGAGAAGCCAAACCCAUUCGGCGCUCCAUCAACCAACAACCAGGCAAGCCAACCAGCUUCAAAUCCCUUUGGGAGCCAAACCCCAGCGCAGAGUAAGACUCCGAAUGCGUUUGGGCAGCCGUCUGCGACACCCAGCUCAAAUCCCUUUGCCAGCGGUGGUAACUCGACGACGCCGGCAGGGAAUCCUUUCGCAGCUAAACGCCAGGCAGCAGGGGGCAGCGGAUCCAAUCCUUUCGCAGCGGCGCAGUCCAAUGCGAAUGCUCCCGCAAACCCCUUUGGCAGCGCGCCCGCCCAAGCAACGCAGCCUGCGGCACCACCGGCCAACAGCCCGUAUCCGCCUGGAAGUGCCAAGCAGCACCCUCCUGCGGCGAGCUACAUUAGCCUCAACAUGGACGGAACGCUGGCGGCGUUCAAGGGCAAGGCCGUCUCGUACCGUGAGGGUAGGCCUGGCAUCCGGGCCUUCGAUGGCACCUGGACGCGUAUCUGGUUCCCCGGCGGCGCGCCGCGGUACGACAAGAACACGGAGCUGCCUUCGGACGUGUACGACGACAAGACCAAGGCGCAGUGGCAGCAGUUUGAGCAGACGGGCAAGUUUGCAGACGGCUUGAUGCCCGCGUUGCCGCCGCCACGAGAGUGUACGGUCUGGGACUUUUAG